AUGAAGAUCUUCGCACUACUCACCUUGCUCGCAGCCUUGACUGUAGCGGCUCCACGGAACAUGCUCGAGGAUCCGGGUCUUGAGGACCUAUACUUCGACUCCAAUGAAUUAGUAGAGGGGGAAUGCCGCCCCAUCACGCUGAUCUACGCGCGUGGAUCAAGACAGCCUGGCAACAUGGGUGCUUGGAGCGACGUUGGGCCUUACACCUGUACUGGACUCAAGCUAGCCUACGGCGAGUCGGAGGUCGCCUGUCAGGGUGUUGGGGAUMCAUACUACGCCGACAUUACCGGAAAUAUGUGGGCCAACGAUGGAACCACCGUACUUGCAUGGAAGGAAGCCAUGCGCCUUUUCAAUCUCGCAAACUCGAAAUGUCCCAAGAGUUGGGUAGUGGCCUCUGGCUACAGUCAAGGGGGCGCCGUCAUCACCGCUGCUAUCCGUCGAUUGGCGUUUUCAGUCAAGGCGAGAAUUCUCGCCGUUGCCAUGUACGGUAGCACUCGCACCGAUCAAUAUCAAGGGGACAUUCCAAACUUUGACGGUCAGGUCCUCGCUAUCUGCGAGCCAGGGGAUGGAGUCUGCGAUGGAGAUUCCGACCUGGAACUUACAGAGGCUCAUCAUCACUACAAAAAACAUGUACCGGAAGCUGUCGACUUUAUGAAAGAGUGGUUGGAUCUUGCUUUUUCCGGCGGUCACGGUUGCAAGACGACACGCUACUGCAAGGGUGAUGGGGUUGAUGGUGAACGGGCCAACGGGACUGCUAAGAUUGUGUGA